AUGCCAUCCAAGACCUUCGACUUCAAAGGCCAGAAGUGCCACAAUGGAAAGCACAGCAAGCAGCGCGUGACAAUUUUAUUGUGCGCCAACAUGAAUGGCACAAAUAAACGGCCACUGCUCAUUAUCAGCAGGAGCAAGAAGCCCCACUGUUUCAAGGGGAAUCGCAAGCUGCCAGUAAGCUACACCGCGAACUUGAAGUUGUGGAUGACGCGUGCUAUUUUUAGCAGCUGGCUCCAGUCUUUCGAUGCCGACAUGCGGAAGGCAAACAGGUCAGUCUGCCUUCUUCUCGACAACUGUAGCGCCCAUCACGUCGACGUGCAGCUCGGAAAUGUGUGCGUCGUGUUUUUCCCACCAAACGGCACUUCCGAGAAUAACGGAGUUAUUCGCAGCGCGAAGUGUGCUUACAGAGAGAGGCUGAUUCAGCGUUUGCUGCUGAAUAUACAUAUGAAGCGCCCAACUGACGUGGACUUGUUCAUGGCGCUAGAGAUGAUCGCCGCCGCAUGGAUUGCGACAAGUCCAGCCGUGAUAACGAAAUGCUUCACACACGCCGGCCUUGCCACUCCGCAGGCAUCAUGCACUAAUCCAGCAGAACCAGAAGGUCCGCCUGUAGGCGCAUUUGAUGACGGUACUGGUAACAGCCCAGUGCCGUCGUCACUGACCAGUGCAUGGGGCGAACUUUGUGCCGUGGCAAACGAGAUUCCCAAUGGCCUCAGCGUCCAUGAGUUCGUUAGUGGGGACGAAGGCGUCGUCGAGCAAGAAGAAGUGACUGAUGAAGCCAUCGUCAGUAGCGUGUGUGAGGUGGCCGAUCCCGAUGAGCAACGACCAAAGCAGCCAGAGAAAAGAACAAGUCCGCAGGAUGUGCUGAACGCCUUCGACACAAUUCGUACGUUUUUCGGCGAGCACGGCGACGACGUGGCGAGGAACUAUUUUUUACAGUGCGAGUCGAAAGGCAUGAAAUUGCCGCAUGGUAAGGCCUGCUAA